AUGGUGAUGCGUAUGCUGCAGCUGCGGCUGCUGAACGUGGUGGCUCCGGCCUACUUCUACGCAGCCACCGCCAUCACUAUCGGCCUUCACCUGGCCCUAUUCAUCCCCGCCAUCUUCCACACCCCCGGCGUCCUCAUACACACAUGCCUCUUCCUCUUCAUGAUGCUCAACGCCCUGGGCAACUACGUCAUGACUAUAUGGUACCCGUCGGAGACCACCGACGACGAAACAACUGUGCAGCAGACACUGUGCACCUUUGACUGCAUGGACGCCUACUACCUCCACAACAACCACCACUUCUGCAAGCUGUGCAAGAAGGUGAUUCUGAGGCGGGAUCACCACUGUUUCUUCACGGGGAACUGUAUAGGCAACAGCAACAUGCGUUACUUCAUCAUGUUCUGCGUUUACACCUCCUCCAUCUGCUUGUACUCGCUGGUUCUGGGGGUGGCGUACCUCACGAUGGAGUACUCGCUCUCCUUUGAGAACCCGCUGACGUUCCUUACGCUGCUCCCCCUCUACACUGGAUACUUCUUCGUAGGCCUGAUCCCCGGGCUGCAGUUCCUGCUGGUGCUGAUGCUGUACGUGUGGCUGGGCAUCGGGCUGGUGUGCGCCGGCUUCUGCUGCCAGCAGGUUCUGCUGGUGGCGCGCGGCCAGACAUGGUGCCACCUGCAGAAGAGGGGACGCCUGGGCAAGAGCCGCGGCGAGUGGCGCGACAACCUGAGAGACGUGUUCGGCUCCCAGUGGGCCCUGGGGCUGUUGCUGCCCGUGCACACGGUCAAGGCUGCUGAUGCUGCUCUGCCCGACAAAGGCAAAGGCAGCGCUGCUAUCAACACGGGAGACGACAAAAACCAGAAGAUUGACUGUGUGAGAUAA